CUCAGUCGUCAGUCUGUGUUGUGAACUUCAGCCGGUCGCUUCGUCGUAGGCGGGCACUCACUGAACGCGAGUAUUUGGUGCCAACGGCUUUUACGCCAGCGUCUGCCAUGUGAAGUGAACUAAGGCGACUAACUAAUGCAAAGUAAAACAAAUAUUCGUUAAAUGCUAAUACAAAUGUCUAUGAAAUAAUCAAGUUCGAGUCAACACACACAGACAUUGUCAGCGCCACAUCCGCAUUCAGAGAUCGGAAGAAAUCGGAAGCUGCUGCUGCUGCCCAAAACUAUGCAGCAUUAGGCUCAAUACCAGAGUCCACGAGCUAUCCACACAUUCAUACAUAUAUAGCUAUAUAUCUUGACGCUGAGCAUUUAAUCUGUAUAAAAUGCGUUCCCUUUCGUACGUCGUGGGGCUCGUGCUGCUGUGCCUGGUUCCGGCUCAUGAAUCCCUCGAACUGGUGGGCCAAUCCAUUAAAGACGAAAUGGGUGAACAUAUGCUUACGGAUAUCAUGUACGACAAUCAGUACACGGGCAUAGACUUUGUCAGCGCAGACGACGGUUACCCGGCCUUCAAGCUACUGGCGACGGCAAAUGUGAAGUCCCCAUCGACGCUGAUGCUGCCGGAGAAGCUCUACGAAUUUGCCAUACUGGUCAAAUAUCGCCUGAACUCGCUGAAGGGCGGCUAUCUAUUCAGCGUAGUCGACUCGCAGGAGACGGUGCUGCAGCUUGGCGUCCAUCUGUCGCCGGUUGUCAAGAACAGCUACAAUGUGACGCUCGUUUAUGGGCAGCCCGACGUUCCGGCGGGUCGGAAACUGGCCACUUUUCCGGUUCCCAACGUGCCGGACAAAUGGAAUUCGAUUGCAUUCCAGGUGUACAGUAACAAUGUGACUUUCUAUUAUGACUGCGUACUGCAGAACGCCACGGAGGUGGUGCGGGAUCCGUUCGAGCUGUCGUUCAAUAAGACCGCGGUGCUCUUCAUCGGCCAGGCAGGUUCCGUGUUCCAUGGCCACUUCGAGGGCUAUUUAGUACAAAUCUAUGUGUAUGAGAAUCCGGAAGGCUUUAAAUUUCAAUGCAAGGCCCCAGAGUUAACGACGGCCGUGCCAGUGGAGGAAAAUGAAAUAUCCACAGAGUCUGUUGCUGAAGCACCAGUUGAUCCUGAUCAAGAAAUGAACUCCCCACCUGAUGAGCCCAUUGUCGAUGAGAAUGACAUUACCAGAGAGGAUUUUUGGUCUAUAGAUAAUGUGGCAACUGACAUUUUCGACGACAGUGGUAUUCAGCCCAACGGACAGACGCAGCUGACGCACGAGAGACCAUAUCGUGGCAUUAAGGGCGAAAAGGGUGAUCGAGGACCCAAGGGCGAUAGUAUACGCGGUCCACCUGGGCCGCCCGGUCCGCCGGGCCCCAAAGGUGAUACAGCCUCGUAUCCGCCCUUUGUGGAAACACCAAGUCCGGGGGCUAAAUACACUGGCGAUUGUACAUGUAAUGCGUCUGAUAUCCUGGAAGCCUUCAAGGACAAUGAAGCGAUACGGGAAACGUUGCGCGGCCCGCCCGGUCCGCAGGGCAGAGAUGGAAAGACCGGAGCCCCUGGACUUACCGGUGCCACUGGCGUAACUGGCGCUCGCGGCCCGGAAGGUCCGCAGGGGGAGAAGGGCGAGCCAGGCGUCGACGGCAUGCCCGGAGUGAUGGGUCCACCCGGACCCCCGGGCCCGCCUGGCUUGCCAGAGAGCUAUGAUAUAAAUUGGAAUCCUACCAGGACUUUCAAGGAAUCCUUAAUGGGCAACUCGAUGACCGGCCUACGCGGCUCCACCGUUACCCAAGCAGGACCUAAAGGAGCACCAGGCGAGAAAGGUGAGCCCGGACGACCAGGAGAGCGCGGUGAGAAGGGUCACAAAGGCGCUCACGGACCCGCUGGACCCAAGGGUGAGCCCGGAGCACCAGGCCUGCCCGGAUUGGCCGGCCAGCCAGGCGACGGCAACGGCACCAAGGGCGAACGGGGCGAGAAGGGCGAGAAGGGCAUGCGCGGCCGACGCGGCGGCACCGGACCGGCCGGACCAAUUGGACCACCCGGCAAACCGGGACCCAUGGGCGAUAUCGGGCACUCGGGACGCCCUGGAAUGAUCGGGCCGAAGGGUGACACUGGACCCAAAGGUGCCAAAGGAGACGCCGGUGGCCGUGAUGGAAUGAAAGGCGACAAAGGUGAUCGGGGCAACGAUGGCCGUGACGGAUUGCCCGGACCACCUGGCCUGCCGGCAACAACAGGUGGCGACGGUGACAGCAGCGGUGUACAGUACAUACCCAUGCCUGGUCCGCCGGGGCCGCCCGGUCCACCCGGACCACCCGGCUUGCCGGGCUUAUCGAUAACCGGACCCAAGGGAGAGGCGGGCAUGGACUCGCGCAGCUUCUUCAGAGAUGCCUCCUAUUACGGACGACCAGGUGCGCGCUCAUCUUUAGACGAACUUAAAGCACUGCGAGAGCUGCAAGAUCUGCGCGAUAGACCCACAGAUGGCACAGCCGAGCCACCGCGCCAGACGUCGCACUCGCACAAGCACGAGGAGGCGCCCCAUGGCUUUGCCAUGGGCAUGGGAGAUGGCGAGGAGCUGCCGUACUUUUCCGCAUCAUCAUCGAACAUGAACAUGAGAAUCGUGCCAGGUGCAGUCACCUUCCAGAACAUAGACGAAAUGACAAAGAAGUCGGCGCUCAGCCCCCCCGGCACCCUGGCGUACAUUACCGAGGAGGAGGCGCUGCUCGUGCGCGUCAACAAGGGCUGGCAGUAUAUAGCGCUUGGCACCCUGGUGCCCAUUGCCACGCCAGCUCCGCCCACCACAGUUGCGCCCUCUCUGCGAUUCGACUUACAAUCGAAAAACCUGCUGAACAGUCCACCUCCAUUGCUCAACACACCGACGUUUACAACCGCGCCCGAAUAUGAAACGUGGUAUCCGCGGAUGCUUCGCGUGGCAGCCCUCAAUGAGCCCUAUGCCGGCGACUUGCAGGGCAUUCGGGGCGCGGACUUUGCCUGCUAUCGCCAAGGCCGGCGAGCGGGACUUCUGGGCACAUUCAAGGCGUUCCUCACAUCCAGGGUGCAGAAUCUGGACUCUAUAGUGCGUCCAGCCGACUGGGAGCUGCCAGUCGUAAACACCCGCGGCGAUGUGCUCUUCAAUUCGUGGAAAGGUGUCUUUAACGGCCAGGGUGGCUUCUUCUCCCAGGCACCGAGAAUCUAUAGCUUCAGCGGCAAGAAUGUGCUGACAGACCCGUUGUGGCCACUCAAACUGGUCUGGCACGGCUCACUGCCGAACGGAGAGCGCUCCAUGGACACCUAUUGCGAUGCCUGGCACUCCAGCUCGCACGAGAAGUUCGGCUAUGCCAGCAACCUGCUGGGCAACAAGCUACUCGAUCAGGAGCGCCAGCCCUGCGACGGCAAGCUGAUUGUGCUCUGCGUGGAGGCCUUGUCGCAGGAUCGGCGGAAAAAACGCGACGUCAGUAGCAGUCGCAGUCACAGUCACAGCCACAGUCACAGUCGCAGUCACAGUCACGACGAGCUAAAACUGGAGUUCACAACGGCCGAGGAGUACGCCGAGCAUUUAGAUAAUUUACAAGUGUAAGAGCCGCAGAAGUCGGGCAGUGGGUGGUAAACGGUAACGGUAACUGUAACUGCAAUACAAUACAACACACACACACAGAAUACACACAUUAAAUGUAAACGUAUAUCAUGGCCAUGCAUAAGUACAUAUAAUCAGCGAAUUCCAAACUAAACCAAAAAAUACUCAAGUAAGCGAUGGAUUAACAAUUGCAUAGUAAAAUAUGAACAUAAACCUAAAUAAUUAAAUACUUAAUUACAAGUAACUAGGCAUAUAUACUAUAUAUAUAUACAAUAAUUUGUCAUAUCUUAUAAUUUGGACAGACGAGAAGGAUUUUUGUACAAGCGAGUUAUAUAAUAUUCGUAAUUGUAGCCUAAUACAUAGUGAAAAUUAAUAACUAAGCUAAAAGAUAAUUUGUAAUUAAGUCACAGCGAGGGCGAAUCAUAUUUGCUGUUGCUGCUACUGCUGCCAUUAAGGUUAGUCCUAGUUCCAGAUCCAGGAUCUACCAUUCGAGAGCUGGUCCCCCCACAGCAUUAGCAACUGAAACUCUACCGAUAUAAAGACCAACAGUAAACAGCAGCACAUACGAACUGGCCAAAUUAGUCUCCCUCAUUCUGCAGCCGGAGGCGGAUCCAUGCGCAAAUACAUUUCCACAUGGCUGUAUACGUGUAUAAAUGUAUUUUGUCAAAGACUUCUAAAUGUGUAAAUGUUAAGCAAACAAAAGAAUCACUGAAAUCGAGAAAACAAUUGAUAAGCAAAUUCCGAGCAAACCUUUUUAAGCCCCGAAACCAACGUUUUUAACCAAAUCAGCUCCAAUGUGCAUUAUGUUCUAUGCCAAUCCAGUUUUCUAUUCUACUUACUAAUAAUGUAGUCAGAUUUUCUACAUUGAAAUACUCGUUAUUAUAUAAACUACAAAUAGAGAAGAAGAAGACGAAGAAGAAGAGGAAAUGACACAAGCGUAAGCCCAUUUUUAUAUGAAUGCAAUAGAAUAACUGAAUUAUAGCAGCGAAUGCAAUAAUUUAAAUGUAAUAAAUAAAUGCGCAUACAUAUGUAUAUAUAUGUAUAUGUAUAUGUAUAUGUGUAUGUAUAUGUAUAUGUAUGCAUGUAAUGUAACUUAUUGUAAUUCUAGUACGAACACUAACGAGUAAUGCACCAAAUUACUUGUCCCAGUAUAGUUAGUUAUAUAAUUUAAUUUGCAUUUAAUUAUGCAUUUCCAGCUACAGAUUUGUAAUGUAAUAAAUUAAUAAUGUAAUUGUA